CUACGUAAUGUACGUGAUGACGCACUGUGACGCUGGGCUGUGUGCUGUGAAGCGAGGACUAAACGAAGAUUCAUAUUUCAUAUUAUUUCUUAAAAAAAAAAACACUUUAAUUUGUUUACAAACGGUUUUAUUGGGCUUUAUGGGCGAACAUGACUCGAGAGUGAGCGUGGUGUACACACAGGAGACCCGUGUGGAGCAGACUGGAUACGUUAGCUUAGCCUCGCUUAGCCGGUUUGUUUUGGUCGCUUGUGGUGAAGAGAAACAGUAAAACUGUAGAAAAUAAAAAUAUUUAAAGAGUCAGAUGUUUGUAAGGCAGUGAAACGUGGACGCGGUAUAUUGUUAACGGUGGUAUUAAAGUCUUAAGGUCAUUAAUUUCGCUGUGUAUAAAGUUUUAUCCAGUUAAAAACACGCAAAUAUGAAUAUUCUUCCAAAGAAGAGCUGGCACGUGCGCAAUAAAGACAAUAUAGCGCGCGUGCGGCGGGAUGAGGCUCAAGCAGCAGAAGAGGAGCGCGAAAUCCAUCGGAGAGCAGAGCGCGCAGAGCAAGAGGCUCGAACAGACUUCCUAAGGAAGAAGUCUCGCAUAGCCCUUGAGCAAAGAGGAGUAGAUAGAGUGGAUGAAGAGCAGAGCCGAGGUUCAAGCGAGAUUGAGCAUCUGAACUUGUUUCCUUUGGAGGACUCUUCAGAAAAGAAGGGAAAUGCAGAAUAUCUCAGAGAGAAAAAGGAGGAGAAGGAGAAACAGGAGCGUGCCAUUGGCCUGUUGGUGUCUCUUGGUCCUGUCCCUGGAACUGAGGCCACACCCUGGUAUCUAAAACAGAGAGAAGAAAAGGAGAAGGAAGAAAAGGAGAAAGACAAAAAGCCAAAGGAUUUAAGAAAAAGCAUAACGGAGGAGGAGAGAGAGAAGAAAGAUCGGAAGUUAAAGGAGAGGCUCGACCCUUUUAUGGACAUGAAAAAAGCCCUUGCAGUAAAAGACAGAAAAGAGAAAAAACACAAGAAGAAAGAUAAGAAAGAUAGAGGGGAGAAGAGGAGUGGUGAAAGCUCUAUUGAAAAGCUGCGUGCUGAACGUCUGCAAAGAGAACAGGAGGAGAGGAGGCGAGCACAAGCACUGCUGGAUGAGAGGAGCGGAGUGGGGAAAAAAAGAGAAGCAGAGAAGGAAAUGGGGGACAGAGAGAGACCGUACCACAGUGCCUAUUUUCCUGAGCUGGCCCGGAAAAGACAGAGAAGAGACAGAGACUAUUCUGGCUUCUGCUAGCUUUCACAGUAAUCUGUGGAUACAGUUCAAAUGGAGUCAGGAUAAGCAGAGAGUAUUGAAAGAUGGUUCUUUCAAUACUUAUAAAAACACAUUGAUUUUUCAAUGUACUCUCUGUCAGAUCUGUUGUUAAACUGUAGACCACUUGAUGAUCUCAGCUGGCUGCCCACAUGCAUGGCCUUUGUGAUGGAAAGAGUUUGUUUAAGAGCCAGCCUGGAUUUAUGUGUAGUCAAUUAAGAUUGAUAAGAUGAAUGAUUGUCAAGAUGAUAUCAGAUUUCACUCUCUACAGUGAAAUUAGUUUGGACUUUCUUUACUUCUAAAUUCGGGACAGCUGUAUUGAUGAGUUUAAAAAGAUAAAAAAAACUUUUUAAAUUAUGAGGAGAGGUGGAAAGAUAAGGUAACAUAACAUUAACAGUGUUUACCACAGGGACUGAUUGCUGACCAUGAAUUGUGUAAACUGUUUUGGUUCUCCAUGUGUUUAAAACACUUCUAUUUAA